ACAUUUCAAGUUUGCAAAGUGAUAUAACAGUAGUGGUGGAUGAAGUAAAGUUCCAUCUUCACAAGUUUCCUCUUAUUUCAAGAUGUGGGAAGAUAGCAACUAUCUUUGAAGAUUGUGAAAGUUCCACUGAUAUGACAUUGACAGUACCUCUUGAAGAGUUUCCAGGUGGUGCCGAAACGUUUUCCAUUGUGGUCAAAUUCUGCUAUGGUGGGAGGGUAGAUUUCACACCCAAGAACAUAGUAAUUUUGUACUGUGCUGCAGGUUAUCUUUCGAUGACUGAUGAUUAUGGUGAAGACAAUUUAUUGUCCAAGUCAGAAAGUUAUUUCCAUAAGCAUAUCUUAAAAGACUGGAAGGAUUGCAUUUUGGCUCUCCAGAGCUGUGAACUAGUUAUUCCAAGAGCAGACAAACUUCAAAUUAUAAGUAGAUGUAUCAAUGCAUUGUCUGUAAUGAUCUGUACGGAUCCCUCAUUGUUUGGAUGGCCUAUGAUGAUGUAUGGUAGCCUACAAAGUCCUGGUGGGAGCAUUCUGUGGAACGGGAUAAAUACCGGUGCAAAGAUCCAUAGUAAUGAAUCCAACUGGUGGUUUGAGGAUGUAUCAUAUCUCUGUGUCGAGUUGUUUGAGAGGCUGAUUCAGACAAUGGAAGCCAAAGGAAUAAGUCUGGAGAAUUUAGCACGCUCCAUAAUGUAUUAUUGUAAAAAGUAUCUUCCAGGGUUGGGCCGAUGGCAGGGAGGACAGAGUGGUCUGUCGAGGACAGUAGCUAGUUUCAGCAUGACACCUGCUAAUGUCAAUCAAGAUGCUCUUUUGCGAAGUGUUAUCAAACUGCUGCCCGAGAAGAAGGGAAAAUCUUUUUGCCGUUUUCUGCUGGGACUUUUACGUGUUGCGUUGAUCUUGGGGGUUAACAAUACAUGCCAGGAUUCUCUGGAAAGGAGAAUAGGCAUACAGCUCGAUUUGGCAACCCUGGAUGGUCUACUGAUACCUAACUAUUCUGAUUCUGAUACUUUAUACAACACCGAUUGUGUUGAAAGGAUGAUUCGCCAUUUUGUAUCCUCUGAGCCGAGUGCAGCUUCAAUAUCUCCAUUAUCAGCCGACCUUGACACAUCACCAUCAUCUGGGCGUUUCAAGAGAGUUGCGAAAUUGAUAGAUAAUUAUGUGGCAGAGGUUGCUUCCGAUGUAAACUUGAAACCUGGAAAAUUACGUGCACUCGCAGAAGCAUUGCCAGAAUCUUUGAGAUCUUUGCACGAUGGGCUAUACCGAGCACUGGAUAUAUACAUUAAGGCACAUCCCUGGCUUUCGGAUAAAGAGCGGGAGCAGCUCUGCAACAUUAUUGAUUUUCAGAAACUCUCGAUCGAUGCUUGCGCACACGCAUCUCAAAACGAGAGGCUUCCACUCAGAAUCGUACUACAAGUCUUGUUCUUCGAGCAGAUGCAACUGCGGACGGCCUUAGCUGGCUGCCUAAAUGUUCUCGAUGCUGAAAGUGCCCCCACAGCUUCUCUGGCCAUUCCUAACGAAGCUGCUGGGCAAAGGGCCCAUCGAGAUGGAUGGGUAACAGUCGUUCGUGAGAACCAGGUGCUGAAAGUAGAUAUGGAACGGAUGAGGUCUAGAGUUGGUGAACUAGAAGAAGAGUUCAGUAAAAUCAAGGAAGAGAUGAAAAAGGCAACCAAGUCAAACAGUUACAUUAGCUCUCCACGCCUUGUUCCUAGAGGGACUGGAUGCAAACUACUUCCUCAGGCUUCAGAUGCCCAACAAGAUGUCGUUGGGAGUGGGACACCAACUCCAAGAGCAUCAGUCGAGCAGGCACGACCAUCCAUCAAGAACCCUAGACAUAGAAAAAGCUUCUCCCAGUUUUGAGUAUUUAGACGUCUGUAUAUCUUGAUUCGUGCUCUGAAAAAGCUGGGCAAGACUGCUUUACUUGCAGCGAACGGGCAGCCAUGGGAGUAGGGGCUUGUCAAUCACAAGGUGGUAAGCUCGGUUUCUUUCUCUUGCAGUGCGUGAAGCAAAUGCUGAGAAGACAGUGUUUGUCCAUAGUUUGGAGAAGGUAAAAAAGCUUCUUUAGACAUAGCAAGACAUAGCUUUAGAUGGAGAACUGGGCUGGGGAAAAAAUUCUAGCAGAUGAGUUUUACCUUAAUUUUUUUUAUGUAACAAUGCAGUCAAUGAUAUCCAGUUUUAAACUACCUACUAGAGUUUUUUCCCCGGUUUUCACAGCAUUCACAAAAGCUGAAUGUAUAGUUUGAAUCUUAUGUAUGUGAUACAGUUACAGGUUGAAUCUAUAGUUUGAAAGCAUAGAUUUUUCAA